AACACUGCAGGAUCUAAGAAACAUGUCUCGUUUCAUCGCCCGUCUCUCUGUCGGCAUUUGUCGGCAAUCGACAGCCAAAUGCGCGGCGUUACCAAAGAGAAGCCCAGUCUUCAUCCGCCCUGUCUCCACAACUUCAGGCUUGCAGUCUCUCACACGUUAUGAUGAGACUACAGACUGGCAGAAGAAACUCACCCCAGAACAAUAUGUAGUCACCAGAGAGAGAGGGACUGAACUGCCCUUUAGUGGGAUCUACCUUAACCACAAUGAAGUGGGGAUGUACCACUGUGUCUGCUGUGACGCUCCACUUUUCAGUUCAGAGGCAAAGUAUGACUCUGGCACGGGUUGGCCGUCAUUCAGAGAGGCUCAUGGGACGUGGGAGAGGGACGAGAGCCACUCCUCUAUCAUUCGUCGUCCUGACAACAGCCUGGGCAGCGCAGGGACCGAGGUCCUGUGCAAAAACUGUGAUGCCCACCUGGGUCAUGUGUUUGAAGAUGGACCAGACCCAGCAGGUGAGCGCUUCUGUAUCAACAGCGUGGCCCUCAAGUUCAAACCCAGAGAAAACAACACAUCUCAGAAAACGGAGUAGAUCUGCCAAAUCACCUGGACCUGCUGGAGCCGAUGAAAAUAGGACGAGUGUCAUUUCAAGCCAUCUCCAUCCCAAAUUUAAAUUGAAAGUCUUUGAAUAUUCACUUAAAUUCAAACUCAAACCUCAGAAUCAGUGUAGAGUGUGGUUGCUUUGAUCAACUGGCUCGGUGAAAAUGAAUUGUUAUUUGAUGGCAUUUUAAAGCUUGACUAAUCUUUAGGGCUAAAAAAUUCUGACCCUGGUUGAUACAACACAGAAACUCACAUUGUAUUAUUAUGGCAUCCUGUUGCAUUUCUCAUGCUGGUGCAUCAUGUAGCAAUAUAAAUGACUUUGUCUGGUUUAGGUAA